GGGCCGGGCCGGGGGCGGAGCUGGAGGGGGCUGGUUCCGCGCGGGGGCCGUUGGCUCCAGACAAAUAAACAUGGAGUCCAUCUUCCACGAGAAACAAGAAGGAUCACUUUGUGCUCAACACUGCCUGAAUAAUCUGUUGCAAGGAGAAUACUUUAGCCCUGUGGAGUUAUCCUCAAUUGCCCACCAGCUGGAUGAGGAAGAAAGGAUGAGAAUGGCAGAAGGAGGCGUUACUAGUGAAGACUAUCGCACGUUUUUACAGCAGCCUUCUGGAAAUAUGGAUGACAGUGGCUUUUUCUCUAUUCAAGUUAUAAGCAAUGCCUUGAAAGUUUGGGGUUUGGAACUAAUCCUGUUCAACAGUCCAGAGUAUCAGCGACUCAGGAUUGAUCCUAUAAAUGAAAAAUCAUUUAUUUGCAAUUAUAAAGAACACUGGUUUACAGUUAGAAAAUUAGGAAAACAGCAACCAUAUACAGUUUGUAUUCUAAUAAUCCCAGCACUCUGGAGACUGAGGCAGGGGGAUCACAUCGAGUUCAAGGCCAUGCUGGGCUACAUGUGGUUUAACUUGAAUUCUCUCUUGACGGGUCCAGAAUUAAUAUCAGAUACAUACCUUGCACUUUUCUUGGCUCAAUUACAACAGGAAGGUUAUUCUAUAUUUGUUGUUAAGGGUGAUCUGCCAGAUUGUGAAGCUGACCAACUUCUCCAGAUGAUCAGGGUCCAACAGAUGCAUCGACCAAAACUCAUUGGAGAAGAGUUAGCACAACUGAAAGAGCAGAGAGUCCUUAAAACAGACCUGGAACAAGUCUUAGAAGGAAAUGAUGGGUCAGGAAUGUUAGAUGAAGAUGAAGAGGAUUUGCAGAGGGCACUGGCACUAAGUCGGCAGCAGAUUGACAUGGAAGAUGAAGAAGCAGAUCUUCGCAGGGCUAUUCAGCUCAGUAUGCAAGGGGGUUCCAGAAAUAUAUCUCAAGAUGUUGCACAGACAUCAGGCACAGAUCUUACAUUUGAAGAGCUGCGAAGGAGAAGAGAAGCCUACUUUGAAAAGCAGCAGCGGGCAGAUCCAUCAGGACAGGCUUCACAGCCACAUGAAAGGCCAACCACGAGUUCAGGAGCACUUGGGAAUGAUCUAGGUGAUUCUGUGAGUGAAGAAGACAUGCUUCAGGCAGCUGUGACCAUGUCUUUAGAAACUGUUACAAAUAAUUUGAAAACAGAAGGGAAAAAAUAGUAUCUUUUAAAAUCAUUUACAUAAUCAUACUUUCCAACAUUGUCAUUUGUGAUUACAGCAUAGGGUCCAUUUUGGUAAUGUGUCAAAGAGAGCAUUGUUCAUCAGAGAAAACUUUUAGGCGGCUUGCAAACAAAAUGAGCAAGUAGAAAAUGUAUCAGUUGUAGGACUAAAUAAUGAUCCUCAAAAAACUAGCCAAAAGGGCAUUCAGCAAUUAAAGAAAUUUAAAUAGUCUUCUAAACGUUGCUUUUUCUUUUUUGAGUGUGCAAUAUCUAAUGUGUCUAAAAUUAGGGCAUUUUCUUGGCUGUUUUUUGCAGAUCACCUAAUUUGCUCUUGCUAUCACACUUGUCCCAUACAGUUUUACUUUUGUCUUCUGUUAUAAUUUGGCUCACUUUGAACAUCUAAUAAUUGCUUUUAUUUCUCACUAACCAAAUUAACCUUUCAGGAAAGUAUCUCUUACCUGUCUAAAUGAUUCUGGAAGGAUAAACCUUUCUUGCCUCCCAACUGUGUGUGUCAUGCACAGUGGUGUUUUCUGUGAUCACAAUUUCUCUACUACCUGGUUUUCAUUAUUUUUCUACAAUUGUUUUGAAAGGUGAUAAUCUUAUAAGAGAUUUUGCUUUUUCUAAGCCCUGUACAAUGGGAUCAUUAUUUCCUGACUUCGGUCCAUUCCUACACUCUGAAAUCAGCUCUGCACGAAUAUUUUGAGAGUAAAUGAGACUUUUUAAAAAACAUACAAGCAUUUGUUUUCCCGGAUGCUUUGUAUCUUUUCAGUUACGUCACUUUACAACUUUGUUGUAACCGUUUUCCUGCACCUUAUUUCUUCCUCCAUUGAGAAGAGUAGGAGAAGCAUAGUGUGCAAGCAGAUUUCCUUCUCUAGAAGACUUAACAUACAUACCCACCAUGAAUGUAUGGUAAAUGCAGUUUGGCCUUCAGUUUUAGUGACAGUUUAUUUUGGGUUUUUUUUUUUUUUUUCUUUUGUGACUAGAGCUUUGCGUUAUAUUUACAAUGGAGUCAUGGAUUGUAGAUUCCUACUUCACAUUUUCUCUUAGCUAUAACUUUCCAGGAAUGGUAAUUUGGAACAUGGAGAUAAUGUACUAAUAAAAAUAUAUUUAAGUGUAUACUGUUAUUUGACAGCUGCAUCAUGUUUAAGUAGCUUAAGAUUUAUAGAAGUCACAGUAAUUAUGGCUAUGUAAAUAAGAAAGUCCUAGCCGGGAAUGGUGGUGCACGCCUGUAAUCCCAGCACUCGGGAGGCUGAGGCAGGAGGAUUGCCGCAAGUUCCAGGCUAACCUGGACUACAUAGUCCAGACCAGCCUGAACUACAUAGCAAGACCCUGUCUCAAAAAAACACAAAAAACAAAAAACGAAGAAAGAAAGAAAGAAACUCCAUAGUUUUGAUAAACAUAUUCUUUAACUGAGAUGCAGUUUCUUGCUUGGUCAAUAUACCAUCUGUCCCUAAAACGGGUAAUUUAGAUUCUGUUUCCUGCUUCUUAUCCCCUUUUGUAGCCCCUUUUAAUGUUGACUUGUUCAUUAGUUAAACUUCAAGAAGAAAUUUCAGGCAACAAUUUAAGAAAAGUUAAGUAUGGUAUAUUACCCUACUGCUUUGUAGCUAAAUAUUUUAUCAGGGAAAAUUUUGAUGUAGGAUUUAUUGGUAAAAGAAAAAAUAUUUUUUAUUUAUUAUGAAAUAUCUUUUUCUUGGAUAGAACAUUUUUUUUUUUUUACACAGUUGUCUUGCUGUGUAGUUCAGGCUGACUUUGAACUCAUUAUAUAUAUCCCAGGUUGGCACUGAACUCAUGGUGAUUCUCCUGCCUUAGCCUCCUGAGUGCUAGAAUUACAGGCAUGGGCUACCAUGCCUGGCCCUACAACAGAAUUUUGAAGUCAUUAUUUUGUGCUAGUUAGUUUUUUAAAAUGUCCCUUAUAUAAAAUUUGCUUUAUUUUAAAAUCUGAAGUUUUCUUUUAACAAUAAAAAAUGUUGCAGAAUUAUAUAAAACUUUAGAACUACAAGGGAUAUCCAUGAGAGUUUAGGAAUACUCCCUCAAGAUUUUCAAAGCUGAAUAUUUUAAGACUGAAUAUUUACACAAUUGUCUCUGGUGUGCUGGUCAUAUUUUCCAUGACUAUUUGGCCUUUACCUUUUCCCAUGAAUUGAUUGCAUUAAACUUUUCAUACACUUGAAUUGGUGAGCUACCUAAGAUACAAAUAAGAAAACCAGUAUGCAUUUAAAGUUUAACCUUGGGGUUUAUAAAGUUCAUAUAUUACACGCCCUAGAAAUAUGGCGUGUUGACCUUCACGUUAGGGACUUUUUAAAGCAGAGCUGAGCAUACACUGGAUAUGUUAGAUUGUGUUUUUUUAGUUCGUUGUAAAAUUGUUGUAUUUGGCAGACAGAUCCACAGUCACCAUUGACCUGCCAUCUUGUUUGAAUUGGCCUAAACUUAUCUGAACAUUUGUAUUCCACUUCUUUUUCUUCUUUUUUGUGUUUUGUUUUGUUUGAGAUGGGUCUUGCUGUGUAGUUCAGCCAAGCCUUGAUCUCACUGUGUAUUCAGAUUGGCCUUGAACUAUCAGUGAUUCUCUUUCCUCGGCCUCCCGAGUGCUGGGGUUACUCCAUUUCUUUCUUGAUGAGCCAGUAUGAAAAGAUGCCAGAGCUUAUAACCUUAACUGAAAAAAUUUUUAAGUUAUACAAAGCUAUAAUUCAUACAUCAGGAACUACUGUUUAAUGUAAACCACCUGCAAGGAAGUCAGGAAGAGGUAGAUUCACAAUAACUGUCCUGCUAAAAAUUUCAUAAAGAUUUCCAUUUUGUUUUACCAAUUGGGAACACUUUAAUGUUUAAUAUUUAAACUAAUGGUAUCAUUUUUCUAAUGUAUAAUUUGUAUUACCAGGAUAAAAUAUGUACAGUGGUGAUUCUAGUGUUACAAGUAAAGUUUAAGCCAACUUUGGAAAUACCACUUUCAUAUUUUCAGGUAUCAUGGACUUAGUAAGUAGUUAUUUAUGUUUUAAAAAUUCAGAGUUAACCUCUGAUCUGAAACAAUGUACUUUUUAUAGUAAUUAACAUACAAAUAUUUCAGUAAUGAAAAUUGAAGUAGUUGCUGCAGGUAAAGUAUAUUAAAUUCUAAGAUCUUGGCCAAAUAAUUUACAAAUCACAGAAUAUUUUGCUUAAGAAGGUGCUUUUGUUUUAAAACUUGAUUUUUCUUAAUUAAAGGCUUUAUUCAUAAUGCCAAAGUUAAUGAAGAAAGCUCAAAAGUAGUUGAGUGGUAUUACAGGCAAAACUACCAGUAGUCUGUAUUGUUCCAUUUGAUAUCAAAUUGAACAAAAUGAAUUUUACUGUAGUCAGAACUGAAGUCACAUUUUGAAUGUCUUUAUGUUUGAUACUGUUUUUAAAAUCAUGCUAGUGCCAAGAGUUACUAAAUUCUUAAGACUGGCCCAGUAAACUGCAAAUCUGAAAAUUGAUUUCAUUGUAUAAACAAAAUACGGUAAUUUAAAAAUCACAGAUUUAAAAAUCUUGAUGUUUUAAAUUUUAAGAAGAUUCAGUAAUAUUGAGACCACGUAUUAAAAACUUCAUCUGUCAAGGGAGGGUAUAUAGCUCAGUGAUGGAGUUCUUGCCUGGCAUCACUAAAGAAAAAAAGCCAAAAGCAACACAGCUUUAUCUGCAGUUGAAGAGGCCUUGGGCCAAUAUUUUCAAAAUGAAUUGUGUCUGAGACCUAACAAGUAUGGAUAUAUGAUAGAGUGACCUUAAUUAAGAGAAACCAGAUUGGAUCAACUAGUUGUUUCAACAGUGUAAUUUUUCAAAGUAAAAGCUCUCCUCACUCAUAGUCCCUUUAUAACUUGCAUCUUUUGCUAAAGAAAUGAACUGGCUUUGUAUUUUUUAAAGUCUUAUAUGUGUUCUAUAUAUGUGUGUUCUCUUUCAUGAAUAAAAAGAUAGUGACAUGGCUAGUUUUUAAAAUUUGAUUAAUUUGAAGAAUUCUUUUGCUAUUUUUAUCUUUUCCAAACAGUCUGGCAUUUUAAGAAUUAAUAUAAUAGUACAAGUUCUAAAUGUAUGGCAAUUGGCAUGUUUAAUAAUAGUGUAUCAGUAUUAUUUUUAGACCGGAUACAUAGACAAAGCAGUGGGAAGCAUUAAUGAAAUGUAUGUUAAGAUUCCUUAUUGUUUAGGAAGCACUCUGUUGUCUCUUACAUAGUUUAAAGGUGAAUGUUCCCUGGAAUUUUUAAUGUUUUUUUUUUCAAAAAAUUAAAUUUGAACUUGUAAUUAUCUAAUUUCUAUAACACUGGACUACUGGGAAUUACUUUUUAAAAAUUAUUGUUAUUCUGUGUAAACUUUUUGAAGUUCACGUACAAGAACACAUGAAAGAAAAGACAUUGUCUUGGCCAUGAUAGAGUGCACUGUGGCAGUGCUGUUUGCUCAGGACCCAACCCUGCAGCCCUUCGCGUUGUCCACACACAGCCUUCCUGUCUCAUGCUCCAAAAGCUGGGCUUCCAAAGCACUGUUGAAUGCUGAGGAUUCUGUUGUUGAUGUGGGUAUUCAAUGAGUUGUAUUUUAAAUAUCAAAGACAUUAUAAAAAUAAAGAGAGAAUGUUUGCUUUUUUA